CCCUAUUUUGGUGAUUUAAGGGUUUUAUAAACUCAAAAAUUAUUUGUGCGCUUUGACUUCUAAAAGUGUCUCUCUCUCUCUCGCCCCCCUCUUGGACGGAAGAAAGAAGGAAAGUUACUGACGACUUCAACAGGUUCUGUCUUUCUGUCAUGAGAUUUGACCAGAGAGUUUUGGUGUUCUGAGGAAGAUCACAGGUUGAAUUGUUCCAAGUGAGGAAUAAAAAGAUGUUCCUUUCGGCGUUACAUAAUAAUUCUGGUGUUCAUUCUUUGUCAGUAUUGUCUCUCCAUGAAACAACAAAUUCUUGUUGCCAUUCGAAUUUCCUCUUGUUUCCAUCGACUGUGAAAUCCAAAUACACUGGAAAACGAUUUGUAUGCAUUUCCAGUUCAAAGAAUUCUGAUGCAAAACCCGACAAGAAUCGUAGUCAGAGUCCUAGUUUGAAGCCAAAAGGAAGAGCUCGGCAGGAGAAAACUGAAGUUCCUCGAGAGGAGGAUAAAAAUUCUGGAAGGAAGUUCCCUACAGUGAUCUCUAAGAAGCCCAAGCGUGGUCGUCGGAGUGAAGCAGCUGCAGUUGAGGAUUUUGUGCGUGAUUCGCUUGAACGGACUUUCGAAUCAAUCCGGCAGCAGAAUUCGGAUAUUCUGAAAGAUAAAGUAAUGAAAGAUAAAGUUGAUGAUGGUGUUGAUUCCAAUAGCAACAGUGAUGAAGAUGAUGAUGACAGGGAUGAAGAGAAAGGUGAUGAUUCAAGAGGAAAUGAGAUGAUGGUAGAGGAGGAGAAUCCCAAUUGGCCUCUGGAUGCUGACGUUGGGUGGGGGAUCAGAGCAUCAGAGUAUUUCGAGCAACAUCCUAUAAAAAAUGUCGUAGGCGAAGAUGGUACUGAAAUUGACUGGGAGGGAGAGAUCGAUGAUGGUUUAGUGAAGGAGAUCAAUUGUCUUGAGUGGGAGAGCUUUGCUUUCCAUCCUAGUCCACUAAUUGUUCUCGUUUUCGAAAGAUACAACAGGGCAAGCGAUAACUGGAAAGUUUUGAAAGAACUAGAAAAAGCAGCAAAGGUGUACUGGGAAGCCAAGGAUCGACUACCUCCUCGGACUGUCAAGAUAGAUAUAAACAUCGAGAGAGAUUUGGCCUACGCUCUUAAAGUUAAAGAAUGCCCACAAAUUUUGUUCUUACGUGGAAACAGGAUAUUGUAUAGGGAGAAAGAAACAAGAACAGCAGAUGAUUUGGUUCAGAUGAUUGCACAUUUUUUCUAUAACGCAAAAAAACCUUCGUGUAUUAAAGACAAGGCUCUAUCAUCUCCGUCUUGAGUUCAAACGGAGGCAGCAUUGUAACCAUAUCUUGUGUCGUUGUGUCCUUAACUUGUACUCUGACAUUUUAAGUUUUAUUUUUUGGUGAAUUUCUUCUAUGUUUUGUUUUGAUCGGAAUGGUUAGUAGGAUUUGGGUUUAAUCCUUCCUGAUGGAUUCACUGAUCCGAGAGUGGCAAAAAAUCGAUGCAGUUGUAUGGUUUUUGGAUAAAAAAUAUGAACUCGAUCAGAAGCUUGUCUAUGUA